ACAAUAUACGUUUGUGGAGAGUGACACAAGACACAAAGGGAUUGAAUUUCUGCUGUCAAAUCUCGCCAUUGUUUUUCUGGUAAACUUCGAAUCAUUAGCUUUUUUUUUGAACUUCUAAUCGAAAUCUUUAAUAUUUGUACUAGUUUUAUUUUAAAGAUUCCAUGUUAUCUCAUUGAGUUUUUCAAUCCAGAAUACUGUUAACAAGCAGUUUAGAUCUAUCUUGUUGUAUUGACUUCCCAAAGUUUCAAUCUUUUGUUGUGCUCUUGUGUUCUUGAGUAUAAUUAGUAAUAUGGGGUCUUAUUGAACUUGUCAAGAUGAUGCAUAUAUUGAAAACUUGGAGGACUCUUUCUGUUUGGUGGAUUUCUAAUUAUAAGGACUAAAUUAGAAAGAAUGUUUGGUCUAGAAUUUGUUAAGUGAUGGUUGGUCAGGAGAAAGAAUGUAACUUAGAUAAUUAGGACUCUAUUUACAGAGACGGAUUCAGAAUUUGAAGUUUGUGGGUUCAUAUAGCGACGGUUGGUCAAGAGAAAGAAUGUUGAUUUAAGGGAAUCUAGGAUAUAAGCUCUCCUAAUUUCGACGUCUCUUUGCAUUUUCCUAGAAUUUGUUAAGCAUGGGUGGUCAGGAGAAAGAAUUUAGCUUGGAUAAUUAGGCUUCAAUUACAGAAGUGGAUUCAGAAUUUGAAGUUUAUGGGUUCGUAUAACGAUCCCACGUUAAUGUAUAACUAGGUUCAAAGACAAAUAUUUAUUAAGUGGAUUUCUUAAUAUAUAUAUACACACAAUGUCUGGGCAAAAGCUAUUUAAUUCAUGUGAACAUGUAUAUUACAUGCUAGCUCCACCUCUGGCUAUUUAGCAUGAUAAUUCUUUGUUUUCCCUUUGUGAUGUUGGGUUUGAUUAGGUAACAUGUUUGGUAUACCAUCGUUUAGAUAUAUCUAGGCUGGUUAACCAUGGAGAGGCUUCUCCAGUUGUAUACCCGUAACAAUUACAAACAAUCAAUUAUGACUCCCUUUGGAUUUUGAUCUUUUAGAACCUGACAGAGUAUUUGCUAGAAUAUGCAGUUAUAGGAAUUCAUGUCAACCAUGCAAGUAUGAAGAGGUAGACUUAUUUAUGCACAUAUCUGCUGGAGCGGCCUCAGAAUAUUCGGAAAGAAUUAUGGUUCCAACAUUAGAGUCCACGAGAGGUGGUGGAGGUUCGAUUAAAGUGGGAACAACUGGUACGAUCGGUGCCCUCAUGUCAAGAGAAUUGGAUUCAAAAACAUCUGCUUCUCCAACACCUGUAUCACAUAGGUAUAGGUCUUCUACUGUUUGUUCAUUCGCUACUGGUGAUGCGACCAGUCCUAAAAGAAUGAAGCCAAGAAGAUCAAUGGAUGAAGCUAGCAGCAGCUGGGCAUCUAAAGAUAACAAAAAUAGCCCCGAGAUAGUCAGGAAGGCAAAGCAGUACUAUAACUGUAAAACUCCUCAAAUUCCGAUACUAGAAUCAGAAAACAUUUCAGUAGAUGGAACUCCUAUUAGGCAGAAAAAAGGACCAACAUUGGUGGAAAUUGUGGACGUAAAAUGUAGUAGUGCGGAGAAAACAUGGGCAGCCCCUAUGAAGAAUCGCCUGAAGAAACUUAGCUUUUUAAAGCUUUCUGUGAGCCCUGUCUAGACAUGUGGACCUUCGAGUACAGUCAAACCUCUCUAUACCAAUAUCUUUUGUUCAGAUAUUUCUUGAUUGCUAUAGCGAAAUGUUGUUAUAGAGAACAUAUAUGAAAGAUGGUUUAUAAAAAAAAAAAAAGAUAGUUGUUAUAGUGAAAUGUUGUUAUAGAGAAGUCUGACUGUAUCAGCCUUGUAAGUGGAUCCAGGAAUUGCUCUUGGGCGACCACGUUCUACAACUUAUAUACACAAAACGCAUACUGAUUAUGAGCUUAUUCUGCUCCCUUUCUUCUUUUGUUUCAUGGCCAAAGAUCCAAGUUUUUGUCCGGAGUAACCGCUAGGUGAAGGCACAUCAGCAAAGUUGCCAAAGUUUGCUACACAUUAUCUUGAUGGCCUAUUUUCCAGCUUACUGAAGUUCUCAAUUUCUUGCAAGACGAGGCAUCCUGUUGUGCCAAUGCUGCCUAUUUCAACUGUAGAAUUCCUUUUGCAGCCAUCUUUCAGCAACAGUAAUGCCUAAGCCGUUAAGUUCUUAGAUUGCCCCUUGAGUUUGAAGUGAGGUGGCCUGGAGUUGGUAUCCUUCUGAUGUGAGAAGCUGAGAAUUGGUCAUUUUGGUUAGGCCUAAAUUCCAAGUGUUUUUACAUGACUUUUGUGUCACAUAGAUUCUGUUUUCUAACAAAGUGUAAACUAGGGUGAUUGAAGAUUGGCUCUAUUCAUGUGGUUGUAGUAAAAAAAAAAAAAUCAAUAAAGGUGCUUAACUCCAUUACCAGCUUCAAA